CUGUCAUCUGGGAUAGACUGCAGACUGAAAUUACGGAGCCCGUCGAGGGGCUGCAGUGGAAGCAGAACCAUGCUUUUUCGGUCGAGUGGGACGAAAGCAGUUGGACAUGCCGGAAAUGCACGUGAGACCGUUGGCGUGUACAUUCCGACAGCUCCCACGCUAAAUUGCGACAUAGCCUUACUGAUGCGGGGCCCGUCGACUAUUGGAGAGCCCUACCUGAAACAGAAACGCAAAGAGAAGAAAAGGACAAACUCAUCGACUAGACGACCAGUGCAGUCGCCGGCUUCUUGUGCAUUGGACAAGGAGCGCGGCCCUAUCGCCAAACCUUUCUACCCGUGGCAUACUUUGAGCGCGGACAGUAUCGUGAGAUUGCAAGUCUACUUCACCGAGAGCGAGCAUGAAGCGACAAGUUUGUUUUGCUCUGAUUUUAUUGCUUGUGCGCUCUGCCGCCUGGGACUCAGUUUACUUCACCGAGGGCGAGUCCUUGACACUGCGGCCUAAAAUUACAGGACAAGUCAAGAGCCUAGAGUGGAAGCGGAACCACACUUUUUUGGUCGAGUGGGACGGAAGUUUUCUUUUUGACAGUAAAGACGUGAAAAGGCGAACCACUCUUCAUGUGAAAAACGGCACGCUGGAGAUCUCGGAUGCGGUUCCGUCGGACGCGGGCAGGUACACACUGUUACUCAACAACGUGGAGCUGGACCAAGUCUUUGAAGCUAUCUUCAUCCGCCGCAUAGACGCACCGGUAGUUCACAUUUGUCCGUUGAAGUGCAGCUGCCGUUCAGACAACUGUACGCUACAUUGCGGCAAACGCCUUACCGACGUGGGGCCCGUCGACUAUUUUUGGAGAGCCUUACCCGGAGGUGAAAUGCAAAAAGGAGGAUUGGACAAACGCAUUGACCGGAUGAACAGUGCCUUUGCCAACUUCUCGUGCGUCAUCAAGAACCCGGUGGACCGGAAGGAGAGCGACCCUAUUGACAACCCUUUCUACCAGUGCGACAAUCGAAGCACGGACAAUUUCGUGGUAUUGCCAGUCAACUUUGCCGAGGGCCAGUCCUUGAGACUAUGCCCCGGAAUUAAAGAUCCUAUCGAGACCCUGGAGUGGAAGCGGAACCUUGACCCUUUGGUUGAGUGGGAUAAAGGACAAUUGUUUUUUUACAGCAGAGAUGUGAAAAGGCGAACCACUCUGGAUGUGAAAACCGGCGUGCUGGAGAUCUCGGAUGCGGUCGCGUCGGACGCGGGCAGGUACACGCUGUUGCUCAACAACGCGGAGCUGGACCAAGUCUUCGAAGCUACCGUCAUCCGCCGCCCACACAAGCUGCAAGUGUACGUGAGCCCGUUGUUGUGCACGUGCCGUUCCGACAACUGUAUGCUACAUUGUGGCAAACGCCUUACCGAGGUGGGGGUUGUCCAAUUUUAUUGGCAAGCCUUACCCGGUGGUGAAAUGCAAAAAGGAGGAUGGGACAGACGCAUCGACCAGAUGAACAGCACUAUCGCCAAUUUCUCUUGCAUUGUUACGAACUCAGUGUACUGGAAGCAGAGCGACCCUAUAGGCAACCCUUUUUACCAGUGCAACAAUCGGAGCACAGACAAUGUCGUGGUAUUGCCAGUCUACUUCACCGAGGGUCAGUCCUUGACACUGCGGCCCGAAAUUACAGGACAUUUCGAGAGCCUAGAGUGGAAGCGGAACAACACUCUUUUGGUCAAGUGGGAUCGAUGCCAGUUGCCUUCUUACAGCAAAGACAUGAAAGGGCGAACCAAUCUGGAUGUGAAAACCGGCGUGCUAGAGAUCUCGCACGCGGUUGCGACAGACGUGGGCAGGUACACGCUGUUGCUCAACAAUGAGAAGCUGGACCAAGUCUUCGAAGCCACCUUCAUCCGCCGCCUGGACACGCCGCAAGUGAACGUAACCUCGUUGGCGUGCACGUCCCGCUCCGACAACUGUACGCUACGUUGUGACAUACGCCUUACUGACGUGGGGCCCGUCAACUAUUCUUGGAGAACCCAACCUGGAGGGGAAACACAAAUUGGAGAAAGGGAGAAACUGAUCGACCGGACCACCAGCGCGGUCGCCAACUUCUCGUGCAUCGUCACCAAUCCGGUGGACCGGAAGGAGAGCUACCCGUUUGACAACCCUUUCUACCUGUGGCACACUUUGAGUGCGGGCAGUAUCGUGGGAUUGCAGGUGGGGCUGAUGGUCGUGCUGGCUAUUAUGGGAACACUGAUUUGGUACUGCUCGAGAAGGCCAUGCGGCAAGCCCAGACGUCGGGUAGGGGAAGACAAAUCGGAAGGCGAAGCAAUGAACUGUCUGCCGAGCCGCCCCGAUGAUGCCACGGCAAUGUAAAAGCGCCUUCUUUUGUUUUGCUCGACAUCGCCGUCUUACAUACACUGUUAUGUCGGUGGAAUAUUUUGUUGAAUCAGCAUUAGGGUAAUUAAUUGUGUGUGUAAAAACUAAACAAUAAUUGCAGUUGACUGUAUGCUUACUCUAAACGUUUGUCAAUAAUAAAGCAACACUGUUCAUAACUAGAACCUGCAAUUUCUGGAGAAAUUAAAGUGGGACAUUGAUGUGAUAGAACCAGCUCUUUCAGGUCACUUAUUGUUGAUUUGAGGACAUUUCAGGGACAUGUCCUGUUGAUAUCAGUAGGCCUGUCACGAUAAAAAAUUUGAGUAGGCGAUACACAGUAUGAAUAAGUAUCUGAACCUUUUGGAAUUUGUCACAUUUCUGCUUAAAAUCACCAUCAAAUGUGAUCUGAUCUUUGUA